CAUAAUCAUAGAUCACAAGCUUGAGGUCGAUAGAAGACAGCGAAUUGUUCCUGCGGCGUCGUCUAGACUUCAAGAUGACUUCUCAGUCUACACCAAGCAGUAGCCUCCGCCUACAGGGCAAAGUCGCUAUAGUGACCGGAGCUUCGUCCGGCCUAGGCCGAGCCAUCGCGUUGGCAUAUUCAGUUCAAGGUGCAUUGGUGACAUGCGCCGAUCUGAAGCCAACAGCGCGCCCGCAGGUCCCAGACGAGCUCAACAUUACAACUCAUGAACUGAUUCAAGAGCGUGGUGGGCAGGCAAUAUUCGUCGAGGCCGACGUGACAAAGACCGAUCAGGUCGAAGAGCUGGUCAAGCGAACUGUUGCGACAUGGGGCAGACUCGACAUACUUGUGAACAAUGCGGGUAUAGCGAUAGAGGCCAGAGAACGUUUCCGACUGCACGAGACGCCUGAAUCGACAUGGGACCAGACUCUAGCUGUGAAUGCCAAGUCGGUAUUUCUGGCAAGCAAGUUUGCAUUGCAGCAAAUGCUUGAGCAGGAGCCUUCAAUCUCUGGCGAACGCGGAUGUAUCAUCAAUAUGAGCAGCAUAUAUGGCCUCGUUGGCGGCUCAUUUGUACCUUCGUAUGCCGCAAGCAAAGGUGCGGUAAGUUUGUUGACUAUGCAGAUUGCGAACGAUUAUUCCAAAGACGGCAUUAGAUGCAAUGCUAUAUGUCCAGGACACACGCGAACUGCCAUUUUCGAAGACACGGAGAAAUAUCAGAUGUCGAAGGAAUGGUUCGAUCAAAAUUACCCCACGGGUGUCGGCAAGCCCGAAGAUAUCGCUGGAAUGGCAGUGUUUCUGGCCAGCGACGAUGCGAGAUGGGUAACUGGAACUCGCAUGCCCGUCGAUGGAGGAUUUACUGCUCGUUGAAGAGCACUCAUGCAUUAUUUCAUGUCGGCGAGGUCGUAUGAAGCUUAUUAUCGACACAGAACAGCGUCUUCAGCUCACGAGUGCUGGCGUCAUUUACGAGGAAGAGAAGUCAGUGCAUGCUUAACUAUGCAUCUCGCCCAUAUGUGCAUAGAUUUGUCACCAACAAAGCGGGGUCUGUAGCGAGGGAGGCUGGAGAUCUAGCAAUAUAGCAACUAGGAGAUCUAGUAUUCAUAGUUAAUUAGACGAUCAGUG